AGCUUUAAAUCCAGUAAGGCUCUUCGGUCUCCUGCAAGGCAUAGCAGUUCAUCUGAGAGGUGGACUUGGGGACAGACGCAUUAGGCACACGGCACAGAGUGUGGGCGGCAACUACCCUCAAGCAAUGUCUCGUUCUAAGGAGUCAGAUGAGCUUAUUUUCUUUGUGAAUGGAAAAAAAGUCACUGAGAGGAACGCAGACCCCGAGGUUAAUUUAUUGUUCUAUUUGAGAAAGGUCAUCCGACUCACAGGGACAAAGUAUGGCUGUGGAGGAGGUGACUGUGGUGCCUGUACAGUGAUGAUCUCAAGAUACGACCCCAUCUCCAAAAAGAUCAGUCAUUUCUCUGUCGCUGCCUGCCUGGUCCCCAUCUGUUCUCUGCAUGGGGCUGCUGUCACUACGGUAGAAGGCAUAGGAAGCACCAAAACCAGGAUACACCCUGUCCAGGAAAGGAUUGCCAAAGGCCAUGGUACCCAGUGUGGGUUCUGCACUCCCGGGAUGGUGAUGAGCAUCUAUACUCUCCUGAGGAACCACCCGGAGCCCUCCACAGAACAGAUCAUGGAAACCUUAGGAGGGAAUCUAUGCCGCUGCACUGGAUACAGGCCCAUUGUGGAGAGUGCGAAAAGUUUCAGCCCCAGUUCAGCUUGCUGCCAGAUGAAUGGGGAAGGGAAAUGUUGCUUGGAUGAAGAAAAUAACAAGCCUGAGAGAAAAAACAGUGUUUGCACCAAGUUGUAUGAAAAAGAAGAAUUUCAGCCCUUGGAUCCAACUCAGGAGCUUAUAUUUCCACCUGAAUUGAUGAGGAUGGCCGAGGAUUCCCAAAAUACCGUUCUGACUUUUCGUGGGGAAAGGACUACCUGGAUUGCCCCAGGAACCCUAAAUGACCUUCUGGAACUGAAAACAGAGUACCCCAGCGCACCCCUCGUGAUUGGCAACACCUGUCUCGGGCUUGAUAUGAAGUUCAAAGAUGUCUCUUAUCCAAUUAUCAUCUCUCCUGCAAGGAUCUUAGAAUUAUUUGUGGUGACUAAUACAAAGGAAGGGCUGACACUGGGUGCUGGCCUCAGCCUGACCCAGGUGAAGAACAUCUUGUCUGAUGUGGUCUCCAGGCUCCCCAAGGAGAAGACACAGAUAUACUGUGCUCUCCUGAAGCAUCUGAGGACCCUGGCUGGGCAGCAGAUCAGGAAUGUGGCUUCCUUAGGUGGUCAUAUUAUCAGUAGACUGCCGACCUCCGACCUCAACCCGAUCUUGGGUGUAGGCAACUGCAUCCUCAAUGUUGCUUCAACAGAAGGAACACAGCAAAUCCCUCUGACUGACCACUUUCUUGCUGGAGUUCCGGAUGCAAGCCUGACGCCAGAGCAAGUGCUCAUCUCCAUUUUCGUGCCGCUCUCCAGGAAGUGGGAGUUCGUAUCAGCUUUCAGACAAGCCCCACGUCAGCAAAAUGCGCUGGCAACAGUGAAUGCUGGCAUGAGAGUCGUUUUCAAAGAGGACACGAGCACCAUCACGGACUUGAGCAUCUUCUACGGAGGGAUUGGUGCCACCACAGUCAGCGCAAACAAGUCCUGCCAGCAGCUGAUUGGAAGGUGCUGGGAUGAAGAGAUGCUGGAUGACGCUGGCAAGAUGAUUUGUGAAGAAGUCUCCCUCCUGACCACAGCCCCGGGAGGAAUGGUGGAAUACCGGAAGACUCUUGCCAUCAGUUUCCUCUUCAAGUUUUACUUAGAUGUCUUGAAGCAGUUGAAGAUGAGGGACCCCCGUAGAUACCCUGAUAUCUCGCAGAAACUCCUACACAUUCUGGAAGACUUUCCUUUGACCAUGCCUUAUGGGACGCAGUCAUUUAAGGAUGUAGACUCCCAGCAGUCUCUGCAAGACCCAAUCGGACGUCCCAUCAUGCAUCAAUCUGGCAUUAAACACGCCACAGGGGAGGCGGUAUUUUGCGACGAUAUGUCUGUGUUGCCAGGAGAACUCUUCUUGGCAGUAGUAACCAGCAGCAAGCCACAUGCUAAAAUCAUCUCCCUCGAUGCCUCCGAGGCCUUGGCAUCACCUGGUGUGGUUGAUGUGAUAACAGCUCAAGACGUGCCUGGUGACAAUGGCAGAGAAGAAGAAACCCUAUAUGCACGGGAUGAGGUGAUCUGCGUGGGUCAGAUUGUUUGUGCUGUGGCUGCAGACUCUUACGCUCACGCCAAGCAGGCCACAAAAAAAGUGAAGAUUGUCUAUCAAGACGUGGAGCCCAUGAUUGUCACAGUUCAAGAUGCACUGCAGCAUGAAUCAUUCAUUGGACCUGAAAAAAAACUAGAACAAGGAAAUGUUGAGUUAGCAUUUCAAAGUGCUGAUCAAACCCUUGAAGGGGAGGUGCACUUGGGAGGCCAGGAGCAUUUUUACAUGGAGACUCAAAGCGUGCGUGUGGUCCCCAAGGGAGAGGACAGGCAGAUGGACAUCUAUGUGUCAACCCAGGAUGCAGCAUUUACUCAGGAAAUGGUGGCUCGCACCUUGGGCAUCCCAAAGAAUAGGAUCAACUGCCACGUGAAACGGGUUGGUGGAGCCUUUGGAGGGAAAGCCAGCAAGCCUGGGCUCCUGGCAGCCGUGGCCGCCGUGGCCUCACACAAGACUGGCCGCCCAAUCCGUUUUAUUCUAGAGCGUGGGGAUGACAUGUUGAUAACUGGAGGACGUCACCCACUACUUGGGAAAUACAGGAUUGGCUUCAUGAACAAUGGGAGAAUCAAGGCGGCAGACAUCCAGCUUUAUAUCAACGGAGGCUGCACCCCGGACGAUUCUGAACUGGUGAUAGAAUAUGCUUUGCUCAAACUGGAAAAUGCUUACAAGAUCCCCAACCUCCGUGUCCGAGGUCGAGUCUGUAAGACCAACUUGCCAUCUAAUACAGCGUUUCGGGGAUUUGGCUUUCCCCAGGGGGCGUUUGUAACAGAAACCUGUGUGUCAGCCGUGGCUGCCAAAUGCCACUUACCACCAGAAAAGGUUCGAGAGUUAAACAUGUUCAAAACAAUUGAUAGGACAAUUCACAAGCAAGAAUUUGACCCAACGAAUCUGAUAAAGUGCUGGGAGACAUGUAUGGAAAAUUCUUCUUACUACAGCAGGAAAAAAGCUGUGGAUGAAUUUAACCAACAGAGUUUUUGGAAGAAGAGAGGAAUUGCUAUCAUCCCCAUGAAAUUCUCAGUCGGAUUUCCAAAGACAUUUUAUCAUCAGGCUGCCGCGUUGGUCCAGAUCUACACAGAUGGGUCUGUACUAGUCGCUCAUGGUGGUGUGGAGCUGGGACAAGGUAUUAACACCAAAAUGAUACAGGUUGCCAGCCGUGAAUUAAAGAUACCAAUGUCUUAUAUACACCUGGAUGAAAUGAACACCAUGACCAUCCCCAACACUGUUACCACUGGAGCCUCUACCGGUGCCGAUGUCAACGGGAGAGCCGUUCAGAAUGCCUGUCAGAUCCUCAUGCAGCGUCUGGAACCCAUCAUCAGCCAGAAUCCUAAUGGUGCCUGGGAAGAGUGGGUUAAUGAAGCUUUUAUUCAAAGCAUUAGCCUCUCCGCCACUGGAUAUUUUAGGGGUUACCAAGCUGACAUGGACUGGGAGAAGGGAGAAGGUGACAUUUAUCCCUAUUUUGUUUUUGGAGCUGCCUGUUCUGAGGUUGAAAUCGAUUGUCUGACGGGAGGUCACAAGAACAUUAGAACUGACAUUGUUAUGGAUGGAUCUUACAGCAUAAACCCUGCUGUGGACAUAGGCCAGAUCGAAGGAGCAUUUGUUCAAGGUCUGGGACUUUAUACUCUAGAGGAACUGAAAUACUCACCUGAAGGAGUCCUAUACACCCGUGGUCCACACCAGUACAAAAUAGCAUCAGUUACCGACAUCCCAGAAGAAUUCCAUGUAUCACUGCUGACACCAACUCAAAACCCAAAAGCCAUCUACUCUUCUAAGGGCCUCGGCGAAGCUGGAAUGUUUCUGGGUUCUUCUGUGUUCUUCGCUAUUGCUGCCGCCGUGGAUGCAGCUCGAAAGGAGAGAGGCUUGUCCCCGAUUUGGGCCAUCAACAGCCCUGCCACAGCAGAACUAAUUCGCAUGGCCUGUGAGGACCAGCUUACGAACCUGGUUCCCCAAACGGAUUCUAAAUGCCGUAAGCCAUGGUCCAUCCCAGUUGCCUAAUGCUUGGGAUUCAAGCACAAAAGCAGAUCUUCACAUGGACUUACAGCUUCAGCAGGUUACUUGUAUAAACAUCUUUAUCUAAAAUAUGUAGAAAAUUAGAGGCAGUUCUUACAUUUUCAUAUUUACAAAAUCUUGUAAUCUUUAAUCGCAUGCACUAUGAGCCGUGAUGUUUAUGGGUGUCAGCCAAAUGCCAUGUUUAAUUCAAUAUACUAAAUGGAGUUUUCCACUGUGUGAAGAAUUUCUGUGCUGAGUCUAUAGAGAAAAUGAAUAUCUUUUCUCAAAUAUCUAUGCUCCUAUCCUGAAAAAACAAACAAACAAAAAAAAUAAAACAGAGAAAUGAACAGGAUUCUGUGGUUGUUUACCUAUAUUUGUGAAGUUCUGGUAUUAUGAUGCUGUGUGUAAAAUGACUUGGUUUUAUUUAUCACUCUAGAUUAAAUGUAGAGUUUACGAGUUGACAGUCUGCAAUGACUAUGAAAUGAGGCAUUGCUUGCUUGUUUUAAUGCACACGUUUGUUGAAAAGUCCCUUUAUUGUUUUUCUAAGACUCUGUUUCCAAAGAUUCACUGAGAUGCUCCAUAUGGCAGGGUUGCCCUAAGAUGACCCAGGGGAUGACAAUUUAGGGAAACUGAGGAAGCAGCUUUGAGAUGUCAGAGCAGCAGUGGCAUAUGGCUUCCCCUAACCAAUCCGAGCUGAGGCGAAAGCAGCCAGAUAACUGGAUCCACUGCCCCUAUCAGUCAGGUUCAGAAGGCACAAGCACUAGUUUGAUAUCCACAUCGUAUUCAAAGUUGUCAAGUCUGAAACAUUCUAACGUGCUUAGACUUUACUAAGUGGUUUUUAUUGAUAUGAAAGUUUUAGUGGCGGAGAUUUUCAAUGAGCUGAUUUUGCACAUGGCAUUGUCUUAAAUCCAACCUAGUAACUCCUAUCUGAGCCCCCACUCAUUCCUUCUCUCCAUUUUGGGAUACCUCUGCUUCCUCCAGACAGCAUCUCCAGCUUGGGGGUAGCCCAUGCGAGGGUAAAACAGCAGAAGGGGGCAGUCAGUUUGCACACAGCACAGUAGUAGUUCUUACUCCUACCUUCAUUUGAAUUUUCUCACUUCUUAAUCAGAAUUAUUAGGUAUUUAUACACUUAGAUGCACAAAGAAAACACUGGCUUUGUUAGCUGAUGUUUAGCUUAUUAUUUUCUAAAUAGGUUUUGCUUUGUCUUCAAGACAUAUACAUUCCUGCUUUCUCUCUUGAUAUUUUUUUCUCUUCUUUUGACAUGAAUGGUUGGUUUUCUUUUUUUUAAAUCAUUGGGGUUUAAUAAAAAUAUUUAAAGCUAUUACAUUUCAGGGGCCAGAGAGAUGGUUCAGUGGUUAAGAUUACUGUCUGCUCUGGCAGAGAACCCAGAUUUGGUUCUCAACAUCCAAAUGGUGGUUACAACCACCUGCAACUCCCAUUCCAGUGGAUCUAGUGCUUUCUUCUGGACUCUGAGGGCACUUAGGGCACUAUUUGUGUACACAUAGCACAAAUAUAUUCAUGCAAAUAAAACACUCAUAUACAUAAAAUAAAAAUAAAUAAAUCAAAAAUUAAUUUAAAAAACUAAUUCACCUAGAAUAUGACAAUAGUUGAAUUUUACAGAUUUCUGAAAUGCGCUUUUUAUUACCUUAUCUUUGGUUGGUUGGUUUGGUUUUUGACACAGGAUCUUAGCUGUUUAGCCCAAACUAGCCUUGAACUCAAAAUCAGUCUUCCCAUUCCUUUCUUGGGGGGAGGGUGGCUGGGAUUACGGGCAUGCACAUAUGUCAUUUAUUU